UUCUCGCUCAAGUACGACGUGAUCGGGGACCAGGAGCAUCUGCGCCUGCUCUUGCGCACCAAGAGCCGGUCCUAUCACGACGUCAUCCCCAUUUCCUGCCUGACCGAGUUCCCAAACGUGAUCCAGAUGGCCAAGCUGGUCUGUGAAGAUGUGAACGUCGAUCGUUUCUACCCCGUCCUGUAUCCCAAGGCUUCCCGUCUAAUCGUCACCUUCGACGAGCACGUCAUCAGCAAUAACUUCAAAUUUGGGGUGAUUUACCAAAAACUUGGCCAGACAUCGGAAGAGGAGCUGUUCAGCACGACGGAGGAGAGCCCGGCUUUUCUGGAGUUCCUGGAGUUCUUGGGCGAGAAGGUGCAGCUGCAGGACUUCAAGGGGUUCCGGGGCGGCCUGGACGUGACCCAUGGCCAGACGGGGACCGAGUCCGUCUACUACAAUUUCCGCAACAAGGAAAUCAUGUUCCACGUCUCGACCAAGCUGCCCUACACCGAAGGGGAUGCGCAGCAGCUCCAGCGGAAGCGCCACAUCGGCAACGAUAUCGUGGCCAUCGUCUUCCAGGACGAGAACACCCCUUUCGUGCCGGAUAUGAUCGCCUCCAACUUCCUGCACGCCUACGUGGUGGUGCAGGCCGAGAACGCCUGUUCGGACAAGACCCUCUACAAGGUUUCGGUCACUGCCCGGGAUGAUGUCCCCUUCUUCGGGCCCCCGUUGCCCAACCCAGCCAUUUUCCAGAAGGGGCCGGACUUCCAGGCGUUCCUUUUGACCAAGCUGAUCAACGCCGAAUACGCCUGCUACAAAGCGGAGAAGUUUGCCAAACUGGAAGAGCGCACGCGGGUGGCCCUGCUGGAGACCCUCUACGAGGAGCUGCACCUCAACAGCCAGUCUAUGAUGGGUGUGGGGGCCGAGGACGACAAGAUGGAGAACGGCGGGGGAGGCAGCAGCAGCUUCUUCGAAUCGUUCAAGUCCCUAAUCGUGCCAGGAAAGAGCCCGACGCGGAAGAAAUCGGGGCCAUUCGGAUCCCGCCGAAGCAGCGCCAUCGGCAUCGAGAAUAUCCAGGAAGUGCAAGAGAAAAGGGAGAGCCCGACGGGAUCUGCGAAGACGCCGGACGGCAGCCACGCCAGCCAGGAGCCAAAAUCCGAGACCUCCUCCAAUCAGAGUUCGCCAGAGAUGCCCACCACCAAAAACAGGGCGGAUCCGGUGAUGCCAAAGCCAGAAGCCGGGCACGAGUCGUCCCGCUCCUCCUCCAGUGCCAGCAGCUUUGGCAGCAUGGUGGAGGAUGCCGAAGGCUGCCGGGAUGACACAAGCGGGGAGAGCCACUUCCCAUCGGCGCAUUCCCACAAACGCGAUUCCUUCAUGUACAGCACGUGGCUGGAUGACAGCGCCAGCACCCCCAGUGAGGGCAGCUCUCCAGGCCCUUCACGCUCCCCCCAGCCGGAUCCCAGGAAGCCCAUGGACCCCCCUUGCCCAGAGAUCCAGAUCCAGCUCGAACACUCAGACCAGCAGCCCCCACACUUGAGCUGUUAACCUCCCUCCCGUCUCGUGGAUGUGCCUCUUGAGCAGCUCACGGCAAAGAAGCACAAGCUGAGGCAACGGAGGAGAAGCCCCAUCUUCGUCUCGGCACAAGACGACGCUCUGACCAGCAAAUCCUGCUUCUCCGACCCUCCAUUUUAAGCAGCUGCUUCUUUUCCUCUCCGGCCGCAUCGGGCGGCUUCUAUCCAUCGCGGUGCGCCGGUAACGGCAUUGCCCUGAGCCUCGAUUUCUCCCCCCUUCCAUGAGCUGUGCUCAAAGAUGCCCCCUCCCCAAUUUCCAAUCCUAACCCAAACCCCUCCACCCUGUGGAGCCAAACAGUGGACAAUCACAGAGAGAUGCGGAGAAGGCCUGUGUGUUUUCCCACCAUCUUGUUCUCUCUGGGGAGGCCGUCUGGACUGUCUACCGGGGAGAGGGGGGCAGGGAGCCUUCGGCUUCUUCCUGGCUUUCCUAUCGCAGAGGCCGGCAGCCACGCCGUUUCCAAAUGCCACCUUGGGAAAGGACAUCCGGGCAAGGAGCUGGGAAAAGGGAGUUUUCUGGACCGGUGGACCUCUGGAUGGUGUUUCAGCACGCGGAGGAGACCCAUGGAUGGAGAUGUUUAUGAGGCACCAUCUGGAUUACGCCUGGAUCAGCUCCCUCUGUCUCCGUUUUGCUGACUGGCCUUGCCACCAGUCUCCCUUCUACGUCUCUCCCCUGCCCGGCUGGCACACUCCUUCCCUCGUUUUUUGUCACGUUCCCUGCCCGGUUUGCCCCCCAUGAUUCCCUCUUAUCCUAGGGAAUUUUGGCUGAGCGCUUCCUGCCCAGACAUUCCCAGUCUCUCCCUUCCUCAAUGUUCAUCCCAAAGAAAUCUUGACAAUCUCGCCACAGGUCAGCUAGGGUGUGGAGGAGGGGGCGUGGCUGAAUCUGGUGACUUUCAGGCUGGUCCGAGGCAGCUGGGCCACCAGCCCCCCUUCCUCCCACGGCCUGGCCAAAGGAGCCAGGAGACACCCCCCAAUUUGACGCUCUGGUUGGUCUCUAAGCUGUAGGGACCUCCCCUCUAUGCCGUGGUUGGGCUGCCCCCAUGUUGUGCAGGAUUUAGGGGUGGGGGCACAACACCCUUGUGGGCGAUGCCCCCUACUGGCUCCACAGGGGUCUGGAUCAGGGAAAAGCCCCCCUACCCCCCAAUUCCCAGGCAUCCACAUUUAACUUUAAACAUCCUUCUGAUGAUGUGAAAAGAUUAAUUCCAUGAUGCCUGGGUCUCUCUCUUAUGCUCCUUUCCCUCUUCCCUUUUUGGGUUGUUUUGGUUGCUUAACUUUAUUUUUAUUUUUAUUUUUUUUUUAAAAAAAGAAAGAUGCACAAAAUCCAUGAACUUACAAAGUUUAAAAACAUUGCGUUUAAUUUAAACUCCCAAGACUGUAUUUCGUGUUUUCCAGUGACCUGUGUAUAAUAUAUAUAUAAAUAUAUAUAUCUAUUUAUCGCUAUUGUAAGAAGAAUCUAUUUGUAAAAUGCUUUUUAAGAUAGACAGGCUGGAAAAUAAAACGAGAAAGCUCCA